AUGAAACUUUGUAAAUUAAAAGAAUGGAACACAAGAUUAGUACAACUUCCACAUCAUACAAACUUGAGCGAAUUGGCUGAUAUAGGAGAUGAAAUUAAUGGAAGAUUUUCGUAUCCUCUUGAUAGUCUAUCCUCUUCAAACGAAUUGGCCGUGAUGAAAACAUUUUCAAAUUCACCUGGGACAUUCCAACAUUCUGAUUAUCUGAGUUGUAAAAUUGGAUUCAAUUCAAAAGGUGAAGCUAUUCGUUUAUUUUACUAUGCUACACCUGUACUGGUUAUAGCCUACUUGUUCUAUCGAAGAAUCAGUUAA